AUGGCUACCAUCCCCAUCAUUCGCUUUGCAUCGAACCCCAAGCCGGUGCCUAUCAUCGGCGUCAGAAGCGAUACGGCCCUGUUUAAGGAAGACUCGCAACAAUCUCUCGCGAUGGCGAUCGACGCCGGAUUCAAGCUUCUGAACUAUGCAGAGCUUUGGGUCUUCACCAAAGUCCUGGGAGGCAUGAACAGCGGAAUCGCCCAGGCGGCCAAGGACGAGCUUGCCAAGUCCAACGUCCUACUGCUCGACUCUUGCAUCCUGCAUACGCCGCCAAGAGGCAACGACGGACAACCAAGUGACGUCGAGGUGCGGAAGGAGAUGGAGAAGCUCAAGGAUGAGGGAAUCGUAAAGUACAUCUUCCGACCUCAAAAUUCCUGCAGGGCUAUUUCAUGUCUCACCAUCUUUGUGGUGUUGGAAUAG